CAGUAGAUCUAUUUGCAGAUAUAGAUAGGCCCCUACUUGUCAAGUCCUUCUAUUCUGAGUUGACGUUUCUGAUCUGAGCUAGAUGAUGGAUGUUGAUUUUGAGCCUGAGGACUCAGAUUUUGAGGAUGAGCCAGCGCCGAAAGGCAUUGGAAUUGUCCAAAGAUGUACCGGUAAAUCGACAAGACUUUGUGGAGAUGAAGAAAUCCCUGCCGUCGUUCAGAGUAUUUUACCCGAGGGUUACACCUACCACGCCUGCCGCAUAGAUAACUUCUCGCAGAAUGAUGAAGUAUCAUUUUCAGCGAUCAUUCGGCUGAAUCUGCGUUCCCACCAAGAUUUCAACAAGUGGUUGGAAAAUUUUCAAGAGUCUUCGUCUACCACUUGGCGAGUGAAGCGCACAUUUCCUUCAACCGGAUUGAAAGUAGUUUUCAAGAAAGCGUACAGGUGCCAUCACAACACAAGACCAGGAAAGGGGUCCACUAAUGCAGGUCGGCGAGUUGCAUCUAAGAACACCAACUGCUCGGCUGACAUGAUUGUCUCUAUCAAGAAGGCAGUGUAUGAAGGGCGCACCCUUAGCAGGAGCAAGGAUACCCAUCUUCCUCAGUACCCUGCUGAGCUGCUACUGAACUACCGUCACAAUCAUCAGAUAACCUGUGCGGAUGCUUUGAAGUUCCGCGAUGUCUCAGAAGAGACAAAAGAAGUGCUCAUCUCCCUCUUUAAAAGGAAGUAUGGCCCGACACAGGCCGUUGAGAUGAUCAAAUAUGAUCUCCAGUUGAGGCAUGGAGCCAACUACCACAUGAAGGCAGCAGAUAGGGCUGUUUGUCCUGAUGUACAAUUUGCCCACCGGUAAGUGUUUUUCAACUUUUAACUACUUCAUGUGAUGCUCGUAUUUCCUACGUGAAGUAAAACGGGAGAGACCAAAUCAGUUUAUUUAAAAACAUUUUUCGUGAAGGAAAGAAGAGCACAUCUGCAGUAUAAUUAAAGCCAAAGUGAACCAGGAGUCUUGUAUAGCACCACCUCAAUUUCUCAACUAUUCAACCUAUCCUGUUUCCUAAUCUAGAAUGCAACAUUCUCAG